ACGACGACCGCCAAUAGGGUGCUAUUGCGACGCUAGCACGCUGCUCCCUCUGCUAUCUGGAACAGAGCUCAAGGUCACCUUGACUGCAGCCAUGUCCUGGGAAGACCUCCGCAAGGACGGGAUUCAGCAGUACAAAAAGCGCAAUUAUACCGAGGCGGUAGCCUUAUUUACCAAGGCUAUAGAGGCUGGAGGUCAGGCGGAACACAGUCUUUACGAUGCACGUGCCGCCACUUACGAGCAGCUCGGCGACUUCAAGCUGGGGUUGCUUGACGCGAAGAAGGUCAUCGGUCUUGCGUCAGAAAAGUGGCAAGGGUAUGCUCGUGCUGCGCGGAUCUUUCAUCGUGCGAGCCGGUUCGACGAGGCUGCGAAAAUGGCCGACCGUGCUAUUGCACGCAUUCCUGUCGGCGACACCGCCCGGCGGAAGGAGAUGGUCACGCUCAGGCAUAAUGCGCUUGACCAGCGUCGGCGCACUCAGGACCACACAGCUCGCCUUCCUGUCGAGAUCCUCGACGAGAUCUUCCGACUCCUCGUCGACGCUGACCACACCGCGCUCCUCCCGCUUCUUCUCGUCUGCGUGCGGUGGCGUCGCGUGGCGGAGGGGAACCCAUACUUGUGGACGGUGCUCAGCCUGCACAACCGAAAGCCGGUGUGGAAGCUGCGCCGCUGGGCGGCGUGCUCGCGCAACCGGAUCCGCGACGUACGCCUUGCGCCGGGGCUGGGUCUCAACCUCGAGUGGGCGUUCGGCGAGCUCUCCAUACUCGACUGGACGCGCGUGCGUGCUCUGCGCAUUGGCUCGUGGGAUCCGCUGCCUUUUCUCGAAAAGAUAGGUCAGAGACAGAUUCUGGGAGACCUGACUGAGCUCGAGAUCUUGGAAACCGACAACACCACGGACCGCGGGGCUCUCCUUGCGGAGACUCACUCGCUUCGAGUUCUCCGCCUGUUCAACAUAUGUAUCACCCAACCAUUACUCGACGGGCUAUGGUCCCUCCGGAAUCUCGCACACCUUGAGCUGCGCUGUAACAACAUCGCUGCCCAAUCCCUUGCCAACAUCUGCGGCAACAACCCCGACCUUCAAACGCUCGUUGUCGAAGCCACCUCCCGGGCGGUGGAAACCCUGACGGAUAUCAACGUGCAUGCAAUGCACGCCCUAACACGCCUCGAGCUCACAGGCGCCUUCCGCGCCGACCUUAUAAUGAUGCGGUUGCGUGUACCUGCGCUCGAGCGCCUGUCCCUCAUGCGCGGGUUCGCAAACAUCGACCGCGGCUUCAUGUAUAUGUGCAAUCAAGCAAGGACCUCCCUGCUCGGCCACACGGCCCUCACUCACCUCACCAUCCACUCGUACAUGGUCAUGCAAGAUUCGGUCGUCGAUCUGCUUCGCGCCUCGCCGUUGUUGCGCGGUCUAGAGCUUCGAGGGCUGGAGAAUGUGGCAAACUAUGUGCUAGAGCACCUCGAGGUUCCGCGUCCUGGGAGGAAGACGCGGUCGGAUGUGGUGCUGUGCCCACAGCUGCGGAGGGUCGCGGUGCCCAACUGUCCGGACGUGAAGACGGGACCGGUGGUAAGGAUGGUUGGCUCCAGGUUGUCGGCAGCGGGGCUCUCGCAUACCUCUCCCCCGGCUGCCACAGAGUUGAUUGCGACCGACCCGAAGGCUUUACACAAGGACGCCGAAGCGAAAGAGAUGGUCGAGAGACUCCAACCACUCGAGUCCACUUCGGAUGUCGAACGAUCUGCAAACAGCGAAGUUGCAGAGGCCACUGCGAUCAGACCCAUCUCGGAGCUCAUACUCGAUGGUUGCCCCGAAAUCGAGGCGGAACAUCUUCCUUGGCUAAAGGAGCGCGUGAAGCGGCCAGUACUCGACGACGCGUCGUUUUCUCAGCCCUCGGAGGCCGUAGGACGAGACUCCGAACCCGCGCCAGACGACAGCCUGUCCGCGAAACCAGAAUGGCGAACCGCCUCUCCGCCAGCAGUUGACAGCCAAUACCCCACUCCCUCUCCAGGGCCCUCCAAACUCAACGUGCAUCUCUAUCAAGUAAACCAAUUUGCACUCGUCAACUCAGGCGGAGACUGGUAUAAAGUGCGCAUACUGGAGGCGGAGAUGAGCAAUUUCAUACUCGACGGGCCGGUCAAGUCCCGCAAGCGGGCGGGGUUGUCGAGUUUUGGCAAACCAAAGACUUUUGGCAAGGGGUGGCGAGAGCGCGCGAGGGAGGUGAAGAAAGCACGCGCGAGCAAGGAGGCGUCCGUGAUGGCUGAACGGCCCGACGCGGCGGCGUACAAAGUGUACAAGAUACACUACGAGAACUUCAAUGCCGCCCACGACGAAUGGGUACCAGCGUGGAUGCUGCACCGAUUCGUGACCGCGAGUGACGAGCAAACGUCAGCAGGACCGAAGGCACUGACGGCCAUCCUCAAAAACAAGACCAUCUUGCUCGCGAAUCCGCCCACACGCGGGAGUGGGCAUGCUCCGAGGGGGCGUGAAGCUCGGAAUCGUAAUAAGGCCGGGAUAGUGUCAGUCACGGCACCGCCGCAUGACAGCAGGCAAGGGCACAAGAAACCCAAAGCCAUACCCCAGCCUAUGAAGCUGGAUAUGCCCGCGUCGCUGAGGAAGAUACUCGUCGACGACUGGGAGAACGUCCAGAAGAAACAGUUGAUCAUCAAGAUGCCCUGUACGCCGAACGUCGAUGAGAUUUUGCACGAAUUCCAAACGUACCUGGAGACGGAACCGCUUGACGAGAGCCUCUGUGACCCCAAAGUUUACGCCUCCAUCAUCACUGGCGGAAUCAAGGUGUACUUCGAGAAGGCCAUCGGCCGCAACCUACUAUACCCACCGGAACGUGCUCAGUACAGCGGCUGGCGGACGCAGUUCAAGACCGGCCAACACGUCACGCCGGAGACAACAAAGGAUAUGAGCGAGGCUUAUGGAGCCAUGCAUCUGCUCCGACUUAUGGCUAACUUCCCCCAAUACAUGGCCACCUCCGAUCUUGACCCGCCGUCUAUCCACGUCAUCUCCGACUACAUCAACGAGUUUCUCAGAUGGCUCGACCGCAACCACGAGAACCUCUUCCGCGACGAGUACAUGGUGCAGGCACACUACUUCCGGUACAUUUCCGAGUACUUCAUGAAGCCGGCGGCGACGGCGGCUUGA